AUGAAGUUAUCGGACCUGAAAAUAAAUCGACAGCCUCUAGAUCGUUCUCGAACAAGAGAAAUCAUAUCAAGGGUAACUAGUUUAAUUGAAGAAGCCGAAAAAGUCAAAGUUGAUUCAAUGGAAGGUGAAGCUGAUGAUGGUCGAUACAUUGAAUUAGAUUUGCUAAUACCUUCCGGUGAAAACGACGAACAAUUGAAACUUCCAGUCAAUUUUUCAGGCUCAUCAUCUGAGAUUGAAGAUUCAUCUUCAGAAUCAGAAGGCGAAUUUCGUGAAGUAAUAAUGCCAUCUCCAGUUAGACUUAGUUCAGCAGUUUCACCUCCUUGUACAUCUCGCAAACUUAUUGAAGAACUAAAAUCUGUUUGUACUGAUGAUUGUAUAAUAUAA